UUCAAACAUCAGGAAACGCCCACUUUAGUUUAUCGCACGUGUCAAUAAUGUUUGGUAUCAAGUGAGCCCUUGGGAGGCGCGCGGAAGUCAAUUAACGGGAAUCGUUCUCCGGUGAGCAGAGUUUAGACUUUCAAGUAUCGCAGCUGAAGUUUGACGCAGAAUACAAGUCCCUUGUCUGUUUGAGGCCUGUGUGGUAAGAUGGAGUGGCGAGAACAGACCAGUGUGACCUGUGAAGACGCCUUCACUGAGGCUCAACGGUGGAUGGAGGAAGUGACAAAUAAAUCAUUCGGAAGCAACAACUUCCGCUCUGCUCUGGAGAAUGGAGUCCUGCUCUGCCAUCUAAUCAACCAGUUGAAACCAGGCCUUAUUAAGAGAAUGAACACGCUGUCUACUCCAAUGGCUGGACUGGACAAUGUGAAUGUGUUUCUGAGAGCGUGUGGUACACUCGGUCUACACGAGGCUCAGCUGUUUCAUCCUGGAGACCUGCAAGACCUGUCCACACGCGCUACACUCAGGUGUGUAGAGAGCAAAAGGAGGCUGAAAAACGUUCUAAUCACCAUCUACUGGCUGGGUCGGAAGGCCCAGGCGGAUCCCUUCUACUCUGGCCCUCAGCUCAACCUCAAAGCGUUCGAGGGACUACUGGGCAUCGCUCUGUCCAAGGCUCUAGAAGAAACCCCCAGAGGCAGUGUAACAGACAGGGACUACAGUGACGUGAUCUACCCAGAGAGGGAUGAUGAGCUGCCUCUAACCCGGUCCCAGACACCCGGCUACAGCAGAGAGGACUCCGUAGAGAGCUUUAACUCGGCCCUGAGCUUUGACUCGGCGGAGUCACGUACCCUCAGCUGUAUCUCUGACUCCAUCCUGAGGGCCGGCAGCGAGGACUCCAGCAGUGACGUGGAGGCAGAGAACUCUUUUAGGAUGAAGGCGGCGGAGGGCAGAGAAUCGGGACUGAGGAACUGGGGCAACGUACCUGCACCCUUCCAGAGGAAGAAACGUGAGGAAAACCGAAUUAAGGGCUGCCUCCCGAGCCCCCUCACCAGGAGCAAAUCGUUGAAUGACAUCAGGCGGUUCCCGUCGCCCACGCAAGUGGUGCGCCAGGUUUCUGAGGGUGGCAUGGAGCUGAGCCCCAGCGCCGUGAGCCAAGACCAGCUGCAGAUGGUCAGAGCCCGGGUCCAUGAGAGUGAGGCCAAGUGGCACAAUGACCUGACCAAGUGGAAGCUCCGGCGGCACAGGUCUAACUGUGACCUGCGGAGGAAGAUGCAGGAGAGGGACAACAUCGUCCUGAUGGCCAACGCAGGGGUCGGUACAGUCGGGACAUUCAAUAGUCUGCAGGAGGACAGGGAAGAGGAUGAGGAGUCCCUAUGCAGCAAUGGCCACAAGGUCUCUCCGUCCACCUCGUUCAUGGAGGGUUCCCUGGUGCUCCGACCCCACACCAGAGCCCCCACCUCGGUAAGUGAGGGUUCCCUGGAGCUCCGACCCCACACCAGAGCUCCGCUGGCCCUCAGCUCCUCCGUGGAGUCACCCUACAGCCCCGGAGCGUCGGAACCCUUCACCGCCCCCAGUGUGACCCUCCAGGGACCCGGAGCCGUGCCCCAAUCAGAGCCCCUCGUCCUAGAGGGGAGGCGUCACACACCGGUGGAGCCAGACGGAGCUGGAGGAUUAGCCACUUUCCCCAACUCUGCCUCUCCCAUCUCCUCCCAGACCAUCUCUAGCCCAGCUCUCUUCAUCUCCACUGGACGAGACCACAACGUCUCCUUGCUCUCAAAUGGGAUCCCGACGACCCUCCCUGGAUCUAGCUCCAGUCUUACUACUGGUACCAGUUCUUCUCUAACUACCUCUGACCCGGUGAACGGUACCGGCUCUAACCUAACCAGCGGUACCGGCUCUAACCUAACCAGCGGUACCGGCUCCCACAACCCCUCUGCCUCCAUGGACAUCCCAGACCAAGCCCUCCUCUCUACUGUAGAGUCCCUGACCUCGGUGGGAGCCCCGGGUCAUGUCUCAGCUCCCCAGCAGCAGGAGCUUCCCCUCUACAGGUACAGUUCCAGGGCUCCGGGAGGAAGAGGAAGAGGAUCUGCCUCUCUCCCCAGGGGAUACCGCCGGUCUGAGGGCUCUUUGUCCUGCCUCUCUGCCGGCUUCACCCCCCGACCGUUUGGAGCCAAGUCCUCCAGAGUGUCCUCGCUACCCAGGCUCUACAAUUUGGAGAACUCUCUGCUGAAUGAAAAUGGAAACGGUUCCCUGCUCCCCACCAAGACUGCUCCCACCCGCCCCCAGAAAAUGGUCACUAUCUCGGAGGUCGCUGUCAGGGCUCAGCCCUGGGCCACAGCCAAUCAGAGCAGUGUGAACCAGGAAGUAGAGGAGGGUGGGAGUCAGACCCAGCCCUCCAUCCUGAAGACCAGAGGGGUUCCUGGACCUGCCACCCACCCCAAACCCUUACCCCCUUCUCUCCGGCCCAGCCUCCCUGUCUCAGUCAGACAGAAUGGCUCUGCCCAGGUACGUCACAGUGACAGGGUGAGUCUUACCUUGAAGAUUAACAGUCGACCACACUUUGGUUUCAACACUCACUGGGACUCGACAGGAGCAAGAGUCGGAGGCAUCCAACCAGGUAGUCCUGCAGAGUUGUGCCAGCUCCGUGCAGGUGAUGAGAUAGUGUCUGUUGGUGGGCACAGGGUGGCAGAGAUGAGCCACAGCCAGUGGAAGGGCAUGAUGACCUCUGCCCUGCAGAAAGGCAGUCUCACCAUGGAUGUACAGCGCUAUGGUAACAACGGUCCAACUGACACCAGCAGAGAUGCAACGAUGAUGAAACUGGCCCAGAUCAACGGACAAGAGGUCAAUGUGCUGACCUCUAAGAGCAGUAAGGGAGGUUUUCAGGACGAUCCCCUGACUAUCAGAAGUAAAGGAGGAUCGGCGUCGGCGAUAUCUGAUCUCCAGGUGCCGUCCCUCAGCACCUCCCCCUCCAGUUGGUCCUGGGACCCCGAGGAAGAGAGGAGGAGGCAGGAGAAGUGGCAGGAGGAGCAGGAGCGCCUCCUACAGGAGAAGUACCGUCAGGACCAGGAGAGGCUGGAUGCUGAGUGGCAACAGGCCCAGGAGGAGGCAGGGGCGGAGAGAUACAGGCAGGCUGAGGUGACCCCUGAUCCUCUACCGUCCAGAUGCAUCGUGGGAUAUGUAGUCCCUUGUGUCAAAUCAUCCACACCGAACAUGGAGAGCUCAGGAGAGAUGACCAAUGGGAUCGCUAGCCUUGCCAGUCCUCAGCCAGUCUUGAGCCAGCCCAUGGCCCCUGUUGCCAUUGGCUGUUGCCAUGUGGAAUCCAAUCCAAAGGAAGUUGUUUUUGACGGGGGAAGAAGGGAGGAGCCUCGUCCUCAAGAAGGGAGGAACCUGGAAGAGGAGACUGAUGAAGUGGCAGGAGGAGAUAAGUGGUCUGGGGACUCCUAUGGUUUCACCCAGCUAUCUAUAGCUGACAGGAUGAAAUCCAAGUCCUCCCCAUCGUUGGAGGGUUUCCACAGACAGGAGGUGAAAGGCGCUACCAGGGAGGUCGCUAGGAGGAAGCCUCCUCAGAGCAUGUCGUUAGUAGAGGCUGAGAGGCAACAGAUCCUGGACGAGAUGAGGAAGAGGACCGCUCUGCUGACCGACAACAGCUGGAUACGACAACGCUCCACCUCUGACAACAGACAACCAACCAACCGGCGAGGGCCUAUGAGGAGGUACGACUCUCUGGACAACCUUCCCUCUUCCGCCACCCUGCUCUCUAACCCCCAACGCCCCCACUCCUCCCUGGGUUUCGCCGCCCCGUACCGCCCCCCCUCCUCCCGGCACAGCAUGGGUGUGGCCCUGGGGGGUUACUCCAACGGGACCCAGAAGCACAGCCCUACCUGGCCCCGCCCCUUCAGCACAUCUUCCCCCCCGCCCAACACCGGAGAGGAACCCGCCACCGGCGAAUCACGACCCGUCUCACAGCAGCACCACCGAGUGCUGACUUCUCGUCAGGUGUGUUCAGUGUGUGUGUGUCCUAUGGGCAGAGGGGCUGCCAUGGUCAUUGAGACCCUGAACCUCUGCUUCCACCUGGCCUGUUUUCAGUGUGUGGACUGCAGGUGCCGACUUGGAGGGUCAGAGGUCAGAGCCCAGAUCAGAAUCAGCAACGGGAAGCCUUACUGUGACCCCUGCUACAUCCGACUCAAGUCACACCUUGCCACCUCCCUGUGACCAGAAUGCAUUGCAGCAGAUUGAGGAAGAGACGACGACAACCUCAAACACGACGGUGGAGAUCUUGACUAUGACCUCGUGUUGACCAUGUAUUUAGAGCUGGUUGACCUUUCUUUUAGGGAACAAUGUACCGAUUUAUACUAUUGGCUGUGACUCAAAUGGCUUCCUAUUCCCUACAUAGUGCACUACUACCCAUAGGGCUCUGGUCAAAAGUAGUGCACUAUGUAGGGAAUAGGGGGCCGUUUGGGACAUGUCUCAAAGAUGCAGUUUUGGCGUUCUUCCUAGUUAAUUAACUACUGUACAUGUUGACAUACCCUAUGUCUCUGACGAAGAUGCAGUUUUGGCGUUCUUCCUAGUUAAUUAACUACUGUACAUGUCCACAUACCCUAUGUCUCUGACUAAGAAUCAGUUUUGGCGUUCUUCCUAGUUAAUUAACUACUGUACAUGUCUGACUAAGAAUCAGUUUUGGCGUUCUUCCUAGUUAAUUAACUACUGUACAUGUCUGUAGCUUUUAAUAUGCAAUCGAUGGCUAUCCACAACAAUAGCUGGACACGUGUAGUUAAGAGCUAUAGGGAGUUUUAAAUCACAAUUGGGAUUUGUUUUUUUCUUGUUGAUGACGUAAAUUGAUAAAUGAGGCUCUAUUAAAUGAAUCUAAUAAAUGUGAGUUGUAUUUGACA